UGUCGUCGUCGAUGUGCAAAGGCAUCACAUCAUCGAAUUUGUGCUGAUCUCAGCCGAUUUUCGCCUACCCGCGCACCUCAAGUCACACUUGCUGCCACCUGCUUUCCGGAAGCAAUCCGGGGCAGGCGAGACACUGGCGCAGACCGAAUGAGCUAUUCACAGUGGACUGUUCCAAAACCGACAAGGUAG